CACUAGCCUUCGUCUCAGAUAUCUUCUUCCGAAGUGGUCCUGGGCAGGUUCGCUUUCACGAUGUAUCAACUGGCCGUCAUACUAUCACGCUUCGAAGCCGAAACUCUUCAUAUACUACCGCUACUACGUUUCUUCACGGCAGGAGCAUCAGCGAACGAAGUCCAUUUGCAGGGUUUCACGUUCGUGUUCGCCCUGUUUUGCGCCUUCCCCACAGGGCCCCUGACUGACAUGCUGCCCUUGGGCGAGCGUGAACACAAGUCGUGGAGUCGCCAUCUAUGCCACUAUCUGGGGUGGUGCUUUUUCUUCUAGACGUUAUUUCGGGUGGUCUUAAUCCAGCCUCGUUUAUGAUUCCCUUGUUAAAUGGGGAGGAAUAUUCGGAGACGAAGGAUGAAUUGUUUCAAUCUGGGG